GCUUCAUUCCAAACAAAGCCUAAAUAAAACAGUGCAUCGUAAAUUCCCUUCACUCUUCCCUUGUGUGCUUAGCAACUUCGACGCUUGCCGCCUUAGCUCUCUCUGCUUGCCGUCGCCGUCUGUUCAAGUUCCGCGCUAUGGUCCUUGACUCGUUGCUGCUUGAAAAGAAUUGAGAUUUAAGCCAUUCAUGUCAAAGGGAACCACCAUAUUGGAAGGCUGAUUUAUAAGGUUCUGGUAAUUUCUAAAGGCGGGUUUUCUUGUGCCUAGUGCACCUGCAAUUUCUGCUUGUAAGAGUAAACAUGUCAGGUUCUCUAUCACAAACUGAAGAACAAGCAGAUCAGGUCUCAAUUAGUAGCAUCACCAAAGGGAAAACACUAUGUGAGGAAUGCAAAUCUAAACCAUCAAAGUACAAGUGCCCUGGUUGCUCCAUACACUCAUGCAGUCUUCCUUGUGUGAAAGCUCACAAAGUGCGUACUGGAUGUACUGGCAAAAGGAACCAGACUCAAUUUGUUCCUCUUUCUCAGUUUGAUGACAAUAUCAUAUUAUCUGACUAUAAUUUGCUGGAGGAGGUGAAGAGGGUGGCUGAAUCUGCUCAGAGAAUGAGAACUAAAUUGGGCAUGUAUACAUACUUUAAGUUACCUCAUUACCUCAAAAGCCUACGAAGUGCUGCUGGAAGCCGGAGAACCAAACUACUGUUUCUCCCUAAUGGAAUGUCAAAAAGAGAGAAGAAUCAAUCUCGAUAUGACCAAAGGAAAAAGUUCAUAUCUUGGACAAUUGAAUGGCGUUUUCACUCAACAGAUAUUGUUUUACAUGACCACGGAGUCGAUGAAAAUACAAGCUUUUGCUCCAUUCUAGAGAAGCACCUCAAACCUGGUCCUUGGAAUCAUCAGCUAAAGCAAUUUUCUGAAGACCGUCUGGAUUGUCUCAAGCUUUUCAUUCGUAAAUACCCAAAGGGUCCUAAGUCACCUUUCAAAGAGUUGGAUAUGAAAGCACCAAUCAGACAGCAAUUAGCAAAUACAGUCAUUUUGGAGUUUCCUGUUGUUUUCGUUUUCUUGCCAUCUCACAGAAUCAACUUUGAAGUUAUUAAGGAUCUCAAACCCAGCAUACCUAAAUCAAUGCAGAAAGAUAGUGAAGGUAAUCAUAGCCCAGAAGGUGUAUCAUUUAGGGAGGAAGUGAUUGAAGAUGACAACAGCUCUCCAGUUCCUCAGGUUUUUGAUCUCAUGAAGCAUGUGGAACCGGGUUCAUCACAUCGAGUGCAUACCCAAAGUAUGAGUUCUGAGAAAUUACCAAAUGAUUCAUCAGAUAAACCUCUGUUUGAAGGAAACCCUGGGGGUAAUCUAUCACAUUCUUCACCGAAAACCAAGGAACUAAAAUUAUCUGAAGAUAUGUCAUUUGACUUUGAUCAAGAUUUUAUGGAUGUCUAUGGUGAUCUUAUGGCUGAAAUGAAUCCUGAUGACUUCCUUGAUUUUGAUAGUGAAUUUGCCAAGGAAACAGAAAAUGAAAUAGAUUUAAUUGGUACCAGUGGUGUAUUUUCUGUGCCAGGAGAAUUGGAGGAAGGGGAAAUUCUAGAAUAGUUGGUAGCUAUAAUUCACUUUUGCUGAAGAAUUGGAGAGAAAAUGAGAUAACAUUGACAACACAAAUCAUAUUAUAUGUUUUAAGGUCCAUUCCUUUAUAUUGAGCAUGACACAGGUUUUUGUGAUAGUUGAUCUGCCGAAGGAAUAACACUAUAAUUUCCAGUUUGGAUGCGUUAAAUUACUCCCUAAAUCCUUUCUGUAAAAGAAAUUACUCCCUAUAAUUUCCAGUUUUUGAGCAUGCCUUUGCAUGGGGAAUCAGGCAGAGCUCAGGCAUUGGUUGCUUUGCUCAUCACUUUAGGUCAAAUUUUGGUAUUGGAUUUUACUUUUGUUU